AUGUCAAUAUUGAUGUCUAGAGCUUCUUCUCUGGGGGCCACUGAUUCAUUCGUUCCUCUCUCGAGGCAGAGCAGUGGACCCCUCCGGACAAGACCUACUACGACAGCAACAAGUGUCGCAUCUCAGGAUAUUAUCUGUGCCAUUAGCGAGUCCCGCGGUAUCUCAUCUACUGUUGGCCUCACUUUCAUUAAUUUAUCGACUGCAGAAGCAGUCUUGUGUCAGAUAUGCGACAGCCAAACUUAUGUCAAAACAGUUACCAAGAUCGGGGUGUUUGAGCCCACAGAGAUACUCUUCAUGACUACAGCCAAAGAUUCCAAGCUAUUUUACAUCAUUAAGGAGAAUAUUCAAGAUACCACAUUUACCUUUCUAGACCGCAGAGACUGGUCGGAGAAGACCGGGCAUGAGUAUGUGGAUCGACUAGCUUUUCCUGAGGACAUUGAAUCUAUAAAGAUUACCUUGGGAGGCAAUUUUUUUGCUGCUUGUUGUUUUGCUGCAGUUCUGAAGUAUGUCGAGCUGGAGCUAAAUAGGACGUUCACUUCUCACUCCCUUCGCAUCCGUUUCGAGCCUUCCCAGGGGUCCAUGCUGAUUGACUUAUCUACCAUAACUUCCUUGGAGCUGAUCCAAAAUCUGCAAAAUGCCAGAUCCAAGGACAGCCUCUUCGGACUUAUGAAUGAGACACUAACUCCCAUGGGUGGUAGGCUUCUGAGAGCCAAUAUCCUGCAGCCCUCUACGGAAGCUUCGAAGUUGAUAACUCGAUAUGAUGCCGUGGAGGAUUUAUCUACGAAAGGGGAGAUGUUUGUAUCAGUUAGACAAGCCCUCAAGGGCUUCAUCGACGCAGAUAAAGUCUUAACAUCUCUCAUCCUCGUUCCAACUAAACGAACUUUUCAAUACGUCGAACAAUCAGUCAACAACGUCAUCAUGCUCAAAACUUAUGUGGCUUCAAUCAGAUCAGUAUACAAGGCGCUUGGAACGGCUCAAAGCAGCCUUUUACUGACGAUCAGAGAAGUAUUAUGCGCUCCAGCGGGUCAUCGGGCAGUUGAAAACCUAAUUGAGUCAACCCUCAACGAAUAUGUAACAUACCAAACGAGACCGCUUGACCUGAGAAACCAGCGUAUAUACUGUGUCAGGGCUGGAGUCAACAGUCUACUCGAUGUCGCGAGACAGACAUACAAAGAAGCAAAUAUGGAUGCUGCAGAUCUCAUAACAAAGCUUUCAGAAUCUCAUGGUAUAGCCCUCGAUCUGAAAUUUGACACAGCACGUCAAUACUUCAUUAGUAUACCAGCUACAGAAGUAGACACACUCCCUGAAGUAUUCAUCAACAUAUACCGCAAGAAGAACCGCAUAGAAUGCCAAACUCUUGACUUAGUCAAACUGAACCAGAAAAUUAUCGAUGCACAUAACGAAGUAAUUAACAUGAGUGACCAGACUGUCCAUGAAUUGAUCCAGGAUAUCCGUUCCGAAAUAGCCCAGCUCUUCAGGAUCAGUGAAGCCAUUGCCAUGCUUGACAUGCUAUCCGCAUUCGCCCAGCUAGCUGCAAACCACGACUAUGUUCGAGCAGAACUAACAGACGUCCUGGCCAUCAAGUCAGGGCGACAUCCCAUCCGCGAGAAAAUACAUACCAAGAAAUUUAUCCCUAAUGACGCCUACGCAACUCAGCAGUCCCGUUUCCAAAUCAUCACGGGCUGCAACAUGAGCGGUAAAUCUACCUACAUCCGCUCGCUGGCCCUAAUGACCAUCAUGGCCCAAAUCGCUCGUUCAUCCCUGCUGAAUACGCCUCUUUCCCCAUCGUGCACCAGCUUUUCGCUCGCAUCUCAACUGCCGACGACCUAG